CAUCCGACUGGCACCUUCAAGGGCGCGUGCAACACCCGGGACGUGGAAGAAGAAGAACAGCUGCCGCGAGUGUUCGCACGAGUCCUCACCUCUCGCAGAAGGCAGCCUGCCGAAAGGCGUCCGACGUCCUGCACAAGACGGCGUCUACCGACCCUCGAGGAAACCGAAUGUCGGCCAGUCCGGGCAGGGCCAGCAGUCGGGUGGCGUCGCCAGCUACGUCAGCGCCACGGGCUGUAUGGGCCACCCCUGGAAGCGCGGCAACUCCGGCGACCCCGUUGUCCGCGCGGACCCCAGAGAGUCUCAUGCCUGGCUUCGUCUUCCACGACAACUGUGCUGCCGUCCAGGAGAGCAUCUACAUCGUGCUGGGCCACGGGCCGUACCAGCGCCGAGUCCUGCUGUGCAGCGUCCUGUCGCUGGUCGUGGCGCUCUCGCUGGCGCUGUCGGACCGCCUCACCAGUCGGCCCGUGGACCACUGGUGCCGACCGCCGGAAAACCUGGGCGAGCAGUCUGCCGACGCGUGGAAGAACAUGUCCAUCCCCGUCGAGGCUGACGGCUCGUUCAGCAAGUGCACCGUGUAUGACCCGGCCGUUACGGACUUUCCGGCGACCAACAGGUCAGCGGCGCCUUGCCAUAGAUGGGACUACGACAUCGCGAACCGAGGCGACAGCAUCGUUAGCCGGUUCGGCCUGGUCUGCAGCCGCCUGUACCCGCUCAACACUCGCAUCAGGGUCUUGUUCACUGUUGCCGCUCUAGUGACGCCUGUGCUAGGGUUGGCGUCCGACCGAGUGGGUCGAAAACCCGUCACUCUGGCCACCGUGAUGGUUCUGCUGGCUGCAACCAUAGGCAACAGCGUCUCCGGCACGUUCGCCUUCUACGUCUCCACGAGGACUGUGGUCCUGACGACCGCCAAUGCCGUCUUCGUGCUCACCUUCAUCCUGCUCUACGAGGUGACAAGGAAAGAAAGGCGGUUGCUGUUCACCCUCCUGGACACUGCCGUCGGGGCCACCGUGGUGCCUCCGUUCGUAGACGUUCUCAGCCUGCUGGAACCGCGCUGGGCGCUGAUGCACGGAGUCGUCAUCGUGCCCACGGCCAUUUGGGCGGCCUGGUGCGUCUCCCUGCGAGAGCUGCCCGCCUGGCUGCUGGCCACCUGGAACGUGCAGCGCGCCCAGGAGGGCGCCCUGGAGGCGGCCAGCAUCAACGGCCUAGACGCCAGCAAGGCGGCGGCCACCUUCCGGGCAAUUCUCGCCCGACUGGUUAAGCUCGACCGGAGCCCGCACACGUCAACUGGGCUCGUCAUGACCGAGGACACCGUGCAGUCCGUGAGGAUGCGUCACCGGGCCGUGUCAGUGUUCCUGACCAGGCUGACGCUCAGCGCCGUCUACUUCCCCCUGGUGACGACGGGGCGGGCCCCCGGCUACUACUGGGUAGCUUUGCACGCCCUGCUGCUGGUGGCCUCCUACGUGGCCGUCGAAUGGGCCGUUCUCAAGCACGGACUACGGGACACGCUGAUCGUACUGCUGGUCGUCGUGAGCGCCUUCUGCGCCACGCAGACGCUGCUGAUGUCCGUAGGCGUUCUCCAGUUGGCCAUUCCUGUCGUGCACGCGGUGCUCAAGGUCGCGCUGUCGGGUGCCAUCAGUGUUGUCCUGUGUUACUCGGCCGAAGUCUUCCCCACCAGGACCCGCUGCACCGGCGUUAGUGCGUCGUUAUCCUUCGGUUCCGCCGGUUCACUCCUGGGUGUCCUAACGUACGCGCUGAACGGCCGCAAACCAGGCGCUUACUUCCACUCGACCGCAGCCAUCAUGACCGCCCUGAGCGUCUUCGCGGUGCAGUGGCUUCCAGAGGUCUUCGUCGAGACGCAGAAAGCGAAGCAUCAGUCGGCGCCCGAGAGCGCCCAAGAGCGCAAGGAGGCGCUCAAACAGUCGCUGGCGCUUCCUGCCGACGGCGCGAAGAGGAGAAGACGGCGCAGGGAAAAGGCGAAGACGCCAACCAAGUCGCCGGCCUAACAAUGGUAAUAGUUCGAGUGCAUGGAAGAUACUGAUAAAGUGGUGAAUACGAUGGACACAUCCUACUAAUCGCCGAAUAGGCGCACUGCCAUUUUGAAAUUCAUAUACAGAGGGAAAAAAUGGUGCAAGUUAACAUUUAUGUAUAAGUUGUAAAGGCUCCUUUUGUAUUUUAGAAAUACGAUAGACGUUCUGUAUGGAACAACCUGCUGAAAGUUUCAUUUUCUGUGUAAUUACAUAAUUACUACCGGC